UGCAAAUCAGAUCUUGAUUUUCGAGGCCAGACGAGAAAUCAGAGGGUCGAAUCAACCUUGUAACACAGUUUCAGAGACCGAAGGCCAAGAUGCCUUCUCUAUCAGACUUCAGCCUCAAACCUCGGACAUCCAGUCCCAAGCGGACCGCUCAAAAUGACCAAUCAGAAGACCAUUCCCUGGCGACUCUCCUCACACUCGAGCAACGCGCAGAGCUCAGCGUCUUGAUGGCCAAUGUCACAGAGGCCAUGCGGACCGAUCUCAUCAAGUGCUUUGACGAGCGACCACGACCAUCCACCACCAAAGAGACUGCCAACCCAGACAGUACAGAGACUGCCAACCCGGAUACUAAAGAGGUUGACCUAUCGAAACUCAACCUCGAUGACCCCGGCGUGGCCAGCCAAGAUGCCGAAAUCCAAGCCCUGCAACAAGAGCAGAGAGAAGCGGCGAAACGUGAAGAAGAAGCCACCCUAUCCGCCACUCCACAAUCCCAAGCCCUCAAGAAAUCAGCCCUCGAGUUCUUCGACACAUGGUCCGAAAGCGUCAUCCUGAGAGUAGGCGAGGUGGUCAAUUCUCGUGACGAACGCCAGCAGCAGCAACAGCAGCAGUCUCGCAAACCACCUCCCCAACCUGCUGCACAACAAUACACCCCUAACGAGCGCGAAAAGGCGGCAGACGCUCGGUUCGCCGUCAUCUAUCCUCCCAUUCCAACACCGUUGGCGAACCUAAGCCACAUCGAACGUUCGACCAUCCUCAACGCCAUCUUGCUUCUCCUUCUCAGUCUAGAGACAUACCGCGCUCACUCACGCACGCUGAUGCUGCGUCUGGCUUCGUCGUUGCACAUCUCAGUCGGCGAAGUGAGCAAAAUGGAAAAGGACACCGCGUACGGCCUUCUUGUCGCCGCGAGUAAGAUGGACGCCGGUGACUCCGCGUCCGCGGCACAAAAGGCCAGCGCCACUGCACGGAAGUGGAAAGUCGGACUGGCCAGCGUCGCGGGCGCUGCACUUAUCGGCGUCACGGGCGGCUUGGCGGCACCUCUUGUUGCAGCCGGCGUGGGCGGAUUGUUGGGCGGUCUGGGUCUCGGCGCGACGGCAGCAGCGGGGUAUCUGGGCGCACUGGCGAGCAGCGGCGUUCUCGUGGGCGGCCUGUUCGGCGCGUACGGAGGUCGCAUGACGGGCCAGAUGAUGGACAAGUAUGCGAGAGAGAUUGAAGAUUUCGCAUUUCUCCCCGUGCGCUGUUCGGUCGGUGACAGCGAGGAGAAGCAGCAAGAAAGACGGCGGCUGAGAGUCACGAUCGGCAUCACGGGCUGGUUGACCAAGGAGGAAGAGGUCAAAUCGCCCUGGCGCGUCCUAGGUGACGCCGGCGAAGCCUUCGCCUUGCGGUGGGAAUUACAAGCGCUGCAGAAUUUGGGCAAUGCAUUGCUGAACUUCGUCACGAGUAAGGCGUGGUCAUAUCUGAAGAAAGAAAUCAUCAAGAAGACCGUGCUGGCCGGGCUGUAUUCCGCGCUGAUGGCGCCGCUGGGUAUCUUGAAAGUGGCAAAGCUGGUCGACAGCCCGUUCGGGAUCGCCAAGUUGAGAGCGAUGAAGGCCGGCGAAGUGCUGGCCGAUGCGCUGAUCAACAAGGCCCAGGGCGAGCGACCGGUCAGUCUCGUCGGCCAUUCUCUCGGCGCCAGAGUGAUAUAUUCCUGUCUGCUGGCGCUCGCGCGGCGACAAGCGUUCGGCCUGAUCGACAGUGUGGUGCUCAUGGGCGCGCCCGUCCCGAGCGACGAUGAGGUCUGGCGCUCGAUGAGGAGCGUCGUCAGUGGGCGCUUGGUCAACGUCUAUUCCACGAACGACUACAUUCUGGCUUUCUUGUACCGUACGAGCAGUGUGCAGCUCGGCAUCGCCGGCUUACAGGAGAUCAGUAGCGUCUAUGGAGUGGAAAACUACGACAUGAGCCGAGACGUCACGGGCCAUUUGAAGUACCAGAACAUGGUGGGCAAGAUUCUGGCCGAAGUAGGCUGGACCGAUAUCGACGAGGAUGCCCUACAACGUGAACAGAUUCUUCUGCAACAGAUGGAAGCACAAGAGAUGGAGCAGGAAAAGCAAAACGACAAAGAAGAUGUUGAUGAGAAAAAGCCUGCUCUUCCACCUAGGUGA